UGGUCGAAGGAGGUAAUGCUGCUUUUGCCGGAAGGUCGUUGUGUUCCGUCGUACCUCGCCAUUCACCCAUCGCAUCCCUUAGAUUUUGGCACGGUGCCACGUUGGCAGAAGGCCACGUGCACUGGUGAACGAUCGGCGCUCCUGCGGCGCGUCCUACUCAACGGAGGGAGGCGCACGGUGUGCGAGCAUACAGAGAAACGGCCGCAAAUCGCCUCGCUACCGUUUGGCGUCUUGCGUUCCUCCUCGUCCUCUCUCUCUCUCUCACUCUCUCUCUCUUCUCCCCGCCUCCUCGCCGCUCGUUUUUACCUCGGAUCGACUUCUCUCGCAGGCACUCCCGUACCCUGCCCCGUCUGCCUGCCUCAAGUUUGCCUUAUCUUACAGUUGGGCUCGUGUGUGCGGCGAGCGGUGCAAACGGGCAGACACACACACGAAGAGAGAGAGAGAGAGAGAGAGAGAGAGAGAGAGAGAGAGAGAGAGAGAGAGAGAGAUGGUAGUUGCAUGUGGAGCGGGAAGCGCGACGUCGAUUCUCGGUCGUGGUGCAACUUGUCGAGCGGCGGCGUCAGGAGUUGUAGCGAUUUCAGAAUGUCAGACCAGCGCGACGGGUUCACCGGCCCCGACUUGGCCAGGUGCAGUCGGGAGCGGAACGGAAUCAUCGUCGGUGUCGGGGUCGGCGGGGUCAUUGCUCGGUCGUCGGGGGCGGGACGAUGCCGGCACGUCAUCAACUUCUCCAUCGUCAGGUAACUUCGGGAAGCGAAGCGGGGGACGACUGAGGUGGGCCAGGUUGCUUCGCACUUGCCACAGAGGAGGAGAAGCGGGAGGAGGGGGAAGAGGAGGAGGAGGAGGAGGUGUUGUCUUUGUGGGAUGGCAGCAUCGACAGCCGGACCGGGAUGUUAGGCUGGGGAUCUCUUCGGUGGCUGUCGGUAUUACUUCGCCGCGGAAGCCAGCGCCUGCGGGUUUUGGCUGCGGAGGUGGUCGGGCGCCAUGCGCGCGCAUUCGCUUAAGGUCGGCGCAGCGGAAGGCUGCAGCAGAGCGCGACGAAGCGUCUGCGUCUGCGUCUGCGAGUGGAGUGAUGGUGGAUGACGCAGCUCAAGGGCGGCUUUUGGAGGGCAUUACCGAAUGGGAAUUAGAUUUUUGCUCCAGGCCCAUUCUAGACGCAAGGGGGAAGAGAUUAUGGGAGCUGGUCGUAUGUGACAAGACCCGGAUGCUGGAAUAUGCCGAAUAUUUCCCCAACAACAAAAUCAAUAGCGCCAAUCUAAAAGACGCUAUUUCGAGAGUGAUGAGGGACUUUACCGUGCAGAAACCCACGAAGAUUCGGUUCUUCCGGUCACAAAUGCAGACGAUCAUUUCCAAGGCAUGCACGGAGCUUGGUAUUCAGCCUGUUCCAAGUCAGCGAGUACGAGUCGGGGAAGCUAGUGCUCGGUAGUUCGAGCCUCGGGAAGGCUCGGCGUACCGGUCGGUCGAGGCUCGGAUAGCUGGGCCAAGUACUGGUGGUUUACACCAAACAGUCCGGACAUGUGGGAUGUUGAUUUCAGGCCAAGAUAAAUGAAGAAUGGGCACCACGGGACCAUGCAUUCAGUAUAAUGCCCAUUGCUGCAGAAUGGACAUAUAGUGGGGAGCUAAAAAAAAAGAGGAAAUGGUCUGAAAUGAAAAGGAUUUAGUGUG